GAGAGAGAGAGAGAGAGAGAGAGAGAGAGAGAGAGAGAGGAAGUGAGUGAAGAGAGAGAAGAGAGGAUUAUCCUGCAGCAAAUAUUUUUUUGUUUUUCGAUUUUUAAAACUUGUUAAAAACCAGCGUGGGGGAUCUCUUUUAAGUAUUUCUUGGUUUGUUCUUAAACCCCAAUGGCGGUGCUGAGACACUGUCCCAUGCAGUCGACCAUGCCCUUCAUGUGGCCCCAGAAGAAUGUGGGAGUCCCAGGCCCUGGUGUUGAAGGGGAGGAGGAGGUGGUGGUGAAGAAGGGGGUCUGUCACAUCACCCAGCUGAAUAAGGUGCUGACAGAGGGCACUGCCAAGCAAGUGGACAAGACUGAGGAGAAGUACUGUGUGUCCGUCAUCGCCCAGGCAGAGUGUGAGGGAAAACAGGAGUUCAGCCCUACCUGUUCUGAAGGUGGCUUCAUUAGAUGCUUAAGGCCUCAGUCAGACCACAACAAUGUGGCGAACUUUUCUGCCAGGGGCGCCUCAGCCUGUCGGGGGGAAGGGCCUGGCCGGCGCCGCACCCGCCGGAGACACAAGAAGCGCAGAAAGUGGGAGCGGAGGAGAGGAGAGAGGGAGAGGGAGUGCUCCAGCAUCCCAGAGCAAGAGAGCUGCCCCCCAGCACCCAUCCAGGCACAGCAGGAGGAUGAUAGCGAGUACAGCAGCUUCUGUAGCAGCAGGAGCAACAACAGCAACAACAACUGUGCCCCCCAGAGUUCGGGAGUGCAGGAGACAGAGGUGCCAGGGCUGCCCACCAUCGAGCCGGGGGUGCCAGUCAGGGACACAGAGGAAUCAUACAGGGGCGAGCCUUUCCUGGAGCCCUGGCUGCUCCUGCCGGGGGUGCCCUUCACCAACCCUCUCCUCCAUAGCCUCAAGCUCUCCAGUGAUGGGGAUUGCUACCCACGCUCUUCCUCCCCCAAGGAGAGCCUCCAGGGCCAGGACCUGGCUGUACAGGCCCUGCGAGGCAGUGUGAGUCAGGAGGAGGCCAAGCACUUGGGCCCCUUCUUCCAGCAGGUGAAGAGCGAGGCCUGCAGUGAGGAGGAGGAGUGGGAGAGUGGAGGCUGCAACGAGGGGGUGCUGCUCAAUGAGAACCUGAAACCAGUGAACUAUGAGUAUAAGGAGGGCCAUGAGUACACAGUCUGCAGCCACAUACAGAACGGUGCCUUCGGCGAGGUGUACUGCGUGAAGGACAACAGCACGGGAUUCCAGUGCGCAGCUAAGAGGAUCCCUCUGGACAGGUUUCGCAGUGAGGAGGUGAGCUCGUGGAGUGCUCUGAACUCCUCUCGGAUUGUCCAGCUCUACGGGGCAGUCAGGGAGGAUGCCUUCGUCACACUCUUCAUGGAGCUCAAGAAAGGCGGCUCGCUGGCUCAGCUGAUCAGAGAGAGUGGCCGGCUGCCCCAGGACAGAGCUCUCUUCUACCAGGAACAGGUGCUCGAAGCCCUGGAGCACCUGCACUCCCGCAGGGUGCUGCACAGAGACGUCAAGGCUGACAAUGUGCUGCUGUCCCAGGACGGGGAGAAGGCAUUCCUCUGUGACUUCGGGCACUCAGAGAAGCUGGGUCUCAACGGAAAGAGCCAGGUGCCCCCUACAGGGGCCGGGCUGCAGGGUACUGAGACACACAUGGCCCCCGAGGUGGUGCUUGGCGAGGGGUGCAGCUCCCAGGCUGACGUGUGGAGCAGCUGCUGCAUGAUGCUGCACAUGCUGAACGGCUGCCAUCCCUGGACCCGCUACUACACCCACCCACUCUGCCUCAAGAUUGCCAAUGAACCCCCACCCAUUAAGGAAAUCCCAGCCACUUGUAACCCUUGCACUGCUGAUGUCAUCAAGAUGGGUUUAGAGAAGGAUCCAAUCAAAAGGGCUUUGGCUGCAGAGCUGAGGGCAAAGGUCAAAGAAGCACUAAAACAAGUGGGUGGCCUAAGAAGUCCCUUGAAAGGACCCUAUCAGGAGCCAGCAAACUUUGAACCAAUCACAGAGAAACCUGGGAGCAGUGAAUCACAGGCCCCGCCCUCGGGCGAGCUUGGCCCUGCCCCUCUGCAGGAUGAAGCCCUGGCAUUGGAGGAGAAGUCAGAGCUAGAGUGGGUGAGCCCCUGGAGGAAGGUGGCAGAAGGGGAGGAGUGUGUUUCUGAAUCGCCCCGCCCCCUUUCCUCCCUCACCCCCACACCCCUACUAUUGCAAAAACUGAGCCGCCAAGAGCGCAAUGCAAGUGUCUCCGAGCAGGAGCUACAGCAACUCGAAAGAGACUUCUUCCUGAGCAGUCUGUCUCAGCCACACUCCCCUGAACUCCAGGAGCAGCUCUUGUCCUGCCUGAGCAGUGAGUGCUACUCCCACUGGGACCCUGGUGACAAGGACUCUGGGAAGGGCUCUCUCAGUCUCAGGGAUGAUCUGAGUUCGGGGAUCUUCUCCUUCAACAGCCAGCCAGACGGACACAGCUUCAGCAUCGAGAGCUGGCUCGGACCCUGCUCCGGCCCACCCAGCUGCUUCAACGGUGUGGACGUGCAUAUCCAGGGGUUCGACGGGGAGUGGCUGCGUAUCAGGGAGGCCCCCAAAGUGCUGUUGGGGCGCAUCGCCACGGGGAUCAGCGAACAGAUCUCGGAGGCUGCAUUCAGCCUGGUGACAGUGGAGGGGUACCCAGUGUCCUGCGAUGAGGAGAUCCCAGAUUCAGGAAUCGAUCUGCGCUGCACCCCUGCUCCAGACUGCAGCCUUGUCUGGACCUGGCGCGUCAAAAAGGGCCAGCUGGAGAUCCGGGAGUGAGCAGGGCCGCAUCCUGCAAGCCUCCAUGAGCUCGCAUCCUUGAUUUUUGAUUUGGAGCAAAAAAUUGAGAAGCAUAUUUAUAUAAUAUGAGAAGCUGUAUCUAAAAGUAUUGUAUUUGCCAAAAUAUGUUUGUAGUGUGAACUUUCUACUUUCCGUAUUGCUCAUCUUAACUGUUCAGAACAUAAUUCUGUAUCUUAAACUUACUGCCGCGGUGUUCUUCUCAUUUUACCCUACAACAGAGAGAAAUACUGGUCGCAGUCUGUACCAUCCAAAAAAUAUCUGGUCUAGUCUUUGUUGUUAUGUUUUUCAUACUUACAAUUCAUCAUAACAGCUGUUUUAACAUGUUACAGUACAUACAAUACCCACCAUAGAAUCUUAUGUUGAAGUUUCUACAGCUGCUAUCAGCCUGCAUUUCAUUCUGGUAACACUGUUCAGACUAUAGGUCAAUCUGUGAGAGUCUACUGUAUAUAGAACACAGGUAAAUAAUAAGAACAUUAACACAGUACAUAUGAUCACAUGAAUUCUAGUUGUGCUUAAAUACCCGUCUAUUUCAACAUUGUUUUGUACCUAUGUUUAUUUAAACCACGAUUUUUCUCUGUUUCACUGUAUCUGAACUCUCUCUGUGUGUAUGUAUGUAUGUAUGUAUGUAUGCAUUGAUAUUUUUAAACAAUCUGCCACCAGGAUGCCCUUGGAAAUUAGAUUAUAUUUUUAGAAAUGGAAUAGCCUUUCUGCCCCUGAAAUGGCUUUCUAGAUCAGUAGCAGCACUUAGAAAAGUUUACUACAGUAAAAGCAUAGCAAAGUGUAAUAAUGUAUAUAUUUAAAGAACAGUGAAAGCAUGGGAAGUCAUUGAUAAACCAUAGUAAAACACGAAUAGUAAAACAUGAAAAAGCAUGGUAAUGCAGAAUGACUGCAAAUAUACUAUGGAGAUCUGGUGUAAGCGUUGUAGGGUAAAGAGUCCUAGGAGGGGGGGCAAGCGGGCUGGAGACUGAUCUGCCCUCCAGUCCUGUAGGAGGUAGUUCCUUCAGGGCAGGGUUUUGGUGCUGUGGCACUGUGCCAAAAGGGAAAAAAGGCAUCCUGCAGUCCACGCCAUACCUACUCUAUGGAUUAAAUGAGGACUGCAGUCUGCAUUGCUGGCAAUCUAGCAACCUUCACUAGAACUCACUUCCUUACCGGUUACAAAGAUUUCAGAAAUAUAGGACCCAUUCAUAAAUCCCCAUCUCUUUUACAAAGAUGUUCUGGUGAGCAGCAUACAUGUUGAGCUAAAUAAAAAUAAAAGCAAUUCUGCAAACA